AUGGACGACCUGGACAACACCACCCUGCUCCUUGCCCCGUCCUCUCUGCUGCCUGACAACCUCACCCUGUCGCCCAACACCAGCAGCGCGAGCGCCAGCACCUUCUCGCCUCUCGCUGUCACCUCCAGUCCCGGUCCUGGGCUCAGCCUUGCUCCGAGUCCGAGCAUCGGCUUCAGCCCCGAGUCGACCCCGACUCCAGAGCCCACGAGCAGCAGCCUCGCGGGCGGUGUGGCAGGCCAGGGUUCCUCCGCCUUCCCCCGGCCCUGGAUCCCCCACGAGCCCCCGUUCUGGGACACGCCGCUCAACCACGGGCUGAACGUGUUUGUGGGCGCUGCCUUGUGCAUCACCAUGCUGGGCCUGGGCUGUACCGUGGACGUGAACCACUUUGGGGCGCACGUCCGUCGGCCCGUGGGCGCUCUGCUGGCUGCGCUCUGCCAGUUCGGCUUCUUGCCACUGUUAGCUUUCUUGCUGGCCCUCGCCUUCAAGCUGGAUGAGGUGGCCGCGGUGGCCGUCCUCCUAUGUGGCUGCUGUCCCGGUGGAAACCUCUCCAAUCUCAUGUCCUUGCUGGUGGACGGCGACAUGAACCUCAGCAUCAUCAUGACCAUUUCCUCCACGCUCCUAGCCCUGGUGUUGAUGCCCCUCUGUCUCUGGAUCUACAGCCGGGCUUGGAUCAAUACCCCUCUGGUGCAAUUACUCCCCCUAGGGGCAGUCACCCUGACUCUCUGCAGCACUCUCAUCCCAAUUGGGCUGGGUGUCUUCAUUCGAUACAAAUACAACCGGGUGGCUGACUACAUCGUGAAGGUUUCCCUGUGGUCUCUGCUUGUGACUCUGGUGGUUCUUUUUAUAAUGACUGGCACCAUGCUGGGACCCGAACUGCUGGCAAGCAUUCCUGCAACGGUUUAUGUGGUCGCCAUUUUUAUGCCUCUGGCAGGCUACGCCUCGGGCUACGGCUUAGCUACUGUCUUCCAUCUUCCGCCCAACUGCAAGAGGACUGUGUGUCUGGAAACAGGAAGUCAGAACGUGCAGCUCUGUACGGCGAUUCUCAAGCUGGCCUUCCCGCCACGGUUCAUAGGCAGUAUGUACAUGUUUCCUUUGCUUUAUGCCCUUUUCCAGUCUGCGGAGGCAGGGGUUUUCGUUUUAAUAUACAAAAUGUACGGCAGUGAGAUACUGCACAAGCGAGAUGCCCUUGAUGAGGAUGAAGACACAGAUAUUUCUUAUAAGAAACUGAAAGAAGAGGAAAUGGCGGAUACCUCCUAUGGCACCGUGGGGACAGAUGACUUAGUGAUGAUAGAAACCACCCAGACCUCCCUCUGA